AUGCUUGUAAGAUGGAGCUUAGUCCUCUUCGCUGUUACUCGUUACGUUGCGACUAACAAUGAACAGCCGCCACAUACAAAAUCCGAGGAAGAGGAUUUAAUUCCACAAUUCUUCACGCGUGAAGGAAUCGUUGCUGCGGGAAACUUCUCCCGAUUCGAACUGAAAUCGCCGAAACCUAUGCGAAUAGUGCUAGAUAGCGUACAGGGAGAUGCCGAUCUGUACUUCUCCUAUACCAAUCAAGGGGUUUCCUAUGAACUUGAUAGGCAUGAUGCAUCCUCAGCGACUUGUGGGCUAGACUACAUCGAUGUAGAAUCCAAUCCGCGACCUUCAUAUUUAGGGAUCUUGCUAGUUAAGAUUUACGGCCAUCCUUCCAAAAAUGAGUCAGCUUACCGUCUACUGAUUAUGGUUGUUCCGGAUGGAAAUUUUGAGCAUGGGCCCGAAGUAAUACAUCAGUGAGU